CAGCGAUCCAUCACUCUCUUGGGCAUUCGAGCAGGGACGUCCCACGAGAGGUUCCCCAACUGCUACAAUGAAUCGACACGUGCUGAUACUCGGCGGCCACGGAAAGAUCGCACAGAUCCUUACGCAGCAACUGCUGAAGAAGUCGUGGACUGUCACUAGUGUCAUUCGAAGUCAGGACCAAGUCUCCCAGAUCGAGACCCUAGCCGCUGCUGGCCAGGGAAAUUUGAACGUGCUGGUCCGCAGUUUGGAACACGUUGAGGAUAUUUCCCAGGCAAGAUCGGUCCUCGAUGAAGUUAAACCGGACACCGUUGUUUGGAGUGCUGGGGCAGGUGGAGAGGGACGACUUGAUCGAACUUUUGCCAUCGAUCGAGAUGCUGCCAUUAACUUCAUCAAGGCUACAGUCCAAACGCCGAACAUCAAAAAAUUAAUUCUCAUCUCGUAUAUCACCUGUCGUCGAAAGAGACCCAGUUGGUGGGAUAGGGACGCCUGGGGAUACGCGCAAGAGAUGCAGAGUGGCGGUCUCUUGAGUUACUGUCAAGCUAAACUAGCAGCAGAUGAGGUACUUCUUCAGGAGGCGUCCAACCGAGCCGACUUCUCAGGAAUAAGUCUUCGCCUGGGCAUACAGUCGGACGAACCCGCAGGACCGAUUGAGCUUGGAAAAACUAAAACGUCGAGGGGCAAUGUUAGCCGGGCGUCUGUGGUUGAAGUCAUUGUAUUGCUGCUGGAGCAUAAGACAGGGCAGACAUCCUGGCUGGAUAUGCUCGAUGGCGCUGAAGAUAUUGAAACUGCUGUUGAACGAGUAGUCAAUAACCGAGAGGAUGCGGCUGAGGAAGAAGGAAACCAAACGCAGCCCUAGACGGCUGCAACUUGAUUCCUGAGGAUACGAGGUUCUACAUGGCUGUCAUUGAUCAAUGAAUAGGGCUCGAUGCUGGUUUGGCAAACUAGUUGAAGUUAUGGCAGAAUUAACUAAUGGAAACUAACUACGUGGGCAUUUCACGAUGGUGGUUUGCUAUCUACA